CAGGAAAAGCUGAAUGAGGCUGGACCAGAUUGCCUAUAGAAUUUGCUCUGAAAUGGACAACUACAUGGCGUCGAAGACUUUUUCCUUCCAUGAGGAGCCAAUUAAUUGAUCGGUGACGAUUACAGGCCAACCUUUGUGAAAGAUGUAUGAUGAUAGUACCAGCAAGGAGUUGCUUGAUGAUGCUUCUGAGACCGAGCAGCAGAAAGCCAGAGAGCCGGUAGCGAUCUGCAGCAAGAUCAGAGCAUGAGCAUGGCCUCUACCCAGUCCACGGCCUCCACGGACACGCAUCACAACCCGCACUUCGACGAACUCCGGUGGGUGAUCCAGAUACGCCACACGCUGGAGGAGGAGCACGACGACGACAUGGGCAUCCCCGUGUCGGUGUUCAACGUCCCCAAAUGCUUGCAGGUGACCAAGCCCGAGGCGUACGUCCCCCAGCUGAUAGCCGUGGGGCCGUACCACCACUGGCGCCCCGAGCUGUACGAGAUGGAGCGCUACAAGCUCGCCGCCGCGAGGAGGACGCAGAAGCAAUUCCACACCAUCAAGUUGCAGCACCUCAUCGAGCAAUUCACCAAGCUCGAGCACAAGAUCCGUGCCCAUUACCACAGGUACCUUGAUUUCAAUGGAGAUACGUUGGCGUGGAUGAUGGCGGUGGAUGCGUCGUUCUUGCUUGAAUUCCUGCAAGUUUAUGCUGUCCAAGAAGAAGGAGAAGGAGAAGGUAAGGUGCUCAGAAGGUUGUCUUCUCGGAUGUCCCAUUUGGUGGAUUACACGGGGAGGAAGUCGGCGCACAACGUGAUAUUGAGAGACAUAAUGAUGCUGGAGAACCAAAUCCCGCUCUUCCUGCUGCGCAAGAUCCUGGAGCUGCAAUGCUCCUCGAUCGAAGUCGCUGACGGCACGCUGACCAAGAUGCUCACCGGCUUGCUCAAGGAGCUCUCCCCUUUCAAGCUGAUGGACAACUUCCCCUGCAUCGACGUCGCGCAGCACGCCCACUUGUUGGAGCUACUCUACUAUGUCCUCGUCCCUAAAUCCGACGACGACGGCGACGACAACGAGAUCGAGGAGCAGAACGACGAGGCAGCGCCGAAGGAGCAGAAGUACGGGAACUCCGGCUACGUCAGGCAGCUUCUCGAUGCGGUCUGGAAGAUUGGAUCGAGCCUCAACGGAGCUCCAAUCCGCUUCAUCAAGGGCGUCAUCGUGUCGAGGCCCGUCAAGCUCGUGGUGCAGGUUCCCUGGAAGAUCCUCACCAGCCUCCCGGGCUUCUCGAUCGUGAAGCAGCCGGUCGAGAACUUCUUCUCCUUCCAGGGAGAAGAAAGCUCCCGGGCCCAAGAUCCAAGUUCCACCAACAGCAUCCACAAACCACCACUGGUGGAAGAGAUCAUGAUUCCUUCGGUGACCGAGCUGAUCGACGCCGGCGUAAAGUUCUUGCCGACUCAUGGCGACCUGACAACGGUCGCGUUCGAUGUGAAGACAGUGACGUUCUACCUCCCCACCGUCAGCUUGGACGUGAACACCGAAGUCAUUCUGAGAAACCUGGUGGCGUACGAAGCUUCUGCUGCAACGGGGCCGCUGGUGUUCACCAGGUACACCGAGCUGAUGAACGGCAUCAUCGACACCGACGAAGACGUGAAGCUGCUGAGGGAAAGAGGGGUGGUGCUGAACCGGAUGAAGAGCGAUGGACAAGUGGCGAAGCUUUGGAACGGGAUGAGCAGAUCGGUGAGGCUGACGAGGGUGGCGUUCUUGGACAAGGUUAUUGAGGACGUGAACAAGUACCACAACAGCAGGUGGAGGGUGAAGUUGUGGAGGUUCAUGAAGAAGUAUGUGUUCAGUUCGUGGCAGGUUCUGACCUUUGUGGGUGCCAUUCUGCUGCUGAUUCUUACAGGUCUGCAAGCAUUUUGCUCGGUGUAUACUUGUUCUCGCUGGUUUGGCGACGUGAAUGUGCAGAAACAAUAAGUACUCAUCCAGUUCAGGUAUCACCAAAGACGAAGUUUGAUGAUGAAAAGAUCGUGGAUCGUAUUAGGAUUGCGUGUACUAAUCAUGUGUACCUCUAAAUUUAUGUGAUUUGGAUUGUUCACCAUUAGGUUUGAACUUAUGUCAUGUCGGUGGUACUGAAGGAAAGAUUUUAGAUUCUCGGAGGAGAAGAAUGAUUUCUGUUGAUGUACUCGAUGCGAUGUUGUGGCCUUGUGUCUAACAAAGUUUAAUAUAUUUGUAUGAUAAUGUGGUUUGGAGAUCA